CAGCAGCAGCAGCCUCGUGGAGGCUUGAACUUCAGCAGACGUUAGGAGCGUGAAGAAGAAAAAAGCUCCUCUGACGUCACACACGUUAGAUUUCAGCAGUCCAAGAUGGCGGAGGUGAGCGGGUUGAGGAGUAGAAAUCACCUCGAGCCCAACUGCAAAAGCCGAGUCGCUGACGAAGGCUUGAGUGGUGUGGAAGAUGUCCCCACUGUACGGCAAAAGAAAAGGCCUCCUUUAGCCCAGCCUGAAGACCUGGAGGAUGAUUUUCUCCCCAGGACCUUGGCCUCAAACUCGGGCAAAAAUGCGCUCAUCAGCCCCUCACCAGCUGAGGAGACUCAGGAAGAAGAGGCCGCGGUGGAGGAAGAUAAGGCCAGGCCCAUCCAGAUCGUCGUGGCCAACGAGGACGAGCACAGCUUCGAGCUGGACGCCGCCGCGCUGGAGAGGAUCCUCCUGCAGGACCACGUCAAAGACCUGAACGUGGUGGUGGUGUCCGUGGCCGGAGCUUUCCGGAAGGGCAAGUCCUUCCUGCUGGACUUCAUGCUGCGCUUCAUGCACAGUCAGGGUGAGUCGUGGAUGGGAGGAGAUGAUGAGCCGCUGACUGGGUUCACUUGGAGAGGAGGCUGCGAGAGGGAGACCACAGGAAUCCAGAUCUGGAGCGAAGUGUUUGUGGUUGACAAGCCUGAUGGCAACAAGGUUGCUGUGCUGCUCGUUGACACUCAGGGAGCAUUUGACAGCCAGUCCACCAUAAAGGACUGUGCUACUGUGUUCGCCCUCAGCACAAUGACCAGCUCUGUGCAGGUGUACAAUCUCUCCCAGAACAUACAGGAGGACGACCUGCAGCACCUGCAGCUCUUUACAGAAUAUGGCCGCCUGGCAAUGGAAGAGAUCUACCUGAAACCUUUCCAGUCCCUGAUGUUCCUGAUCCGGGACUGGUGUUAUCCUUAUGAACACAACUAUGGGCUGGAAGGAGGAAAUCACUUCCUGGAUAGAAGACUACAGGUGAGACAGAAUCAACACGAGGAGCUGCAGAACGUGAGGAAGCACAUCCACUCCUGCUUCUCCAACAUCGGCUGCUUCCUGCUGCCACAUCCGGGGCUCAAGGUGGCCACCAACCCCUACUUUGACGGCAGGCUGAAAGACAUCGAUGGGGAUUUUAAGAAGGAGCUGGCCAGGCUGGUUCCUCUCCUGCUGGCCCCCGAGCACCUGGUGGAGAAGGAGAUCGGAGGAAACAAAGUCACCUGCAGAGAUCUCCUGGAGUACUUCAAGGCUUACAUAAAGAUCUACCAAGGGGAGGAGCUGCCUCACCCAAAGUCCAUGCUGCAGGCGACGGCAGAAGCCAACAACCUGACAGCUGUGGCAGGAGCCAAAGACAUGUACGCCAGGAACAUGGAGCAGGUGUGUGGUGGGGACAAGCCAUACAUCGCUCCAGCCGACCUGGAGCGUUUCCACGAGGAGUUUCGCGAGCACUCGGUGCGUCACUUCCGCUCCGUGAAGAAAAUGGGCGGCGAGGAGUUCUGCCAGCGCUACCAGAGCCAGCUGGAGGGCGAGCUGGACGAGACUUUCUCCAACUUCACCAAGCACAACGACGGCAAAAACAUCUUCUACACGGCACGCACACCCGCCACGCUUUUCGCCGUCAUGUUCGUCACCUACGUGGUCUCCGGGGUGACGGGCUUCAUCGGCAUGAGCACCUUGGCGGCGCUGGCUAACCUGGUGAUGGGCGUGGCGCUGAUGUCGCUCUGCGCCUGGGCGUACGUGAAGUACAGCGGAGAGUUUCGGGAGGUGGGAACGCUGAUAGACCUGGUGGCCGAGACGCUCUGGGAACAGGUUUUGAAGCCGCUCAGUGAACAUUAUAUGGAAGACAGCGUCAGACAGACGGUGGUUAACUCUAUCAAAGCCAGCUUGACAGAAUCGGGCUCGCACCACACCAAGUUAAAGACUCACUGACGCUCUUCUUCCUCCUCCUCAUCUCCCCCGCCAUGUGCACCGCCCUCGUGCCCACUCGCUCAAUGUAAUCAAACCUAGAACUGUGGAACUAGUUCAACACCAAAGCUGACCCUCUUUUAGCCCCUCCCCCACGAAGUACAUCAUCAUCAUCUCAUCGCUGCCACCGUCUCUGUUUGCUGUCGUGGACCUGUAGGCUCGCUGUCUGCUCUUCAUCGCCCCCCAGUGCCUCAGAGCAGACGCUGCACCUUAUUAAGAGGACCGAGCAGAGAAGCCUCUCGCCAAAGCAGGACCUGAAGGCCUCUCCUCCGGUGUGCCAUGCUGUAAUAGAUGCGUGUUGUACUGUAGGCUGACACACACACACACACACACACACACACACAUAUUUGCUGGAAGCGUACUGCACUCGCUUCAGGAUUGAGCUGUAAUUCAGGGAAAACUGACAACGCCGUGGGCAGCUGUAAUCAACAAACGGAUGCAAAAUGAAACUUUUUUUUGUCUUACAGGCGAGAGCUCAAUUUACUUCAGUCUGUUUAUUAACAUUUCCUACAAGCACAAGUAACGUAGCGACUAAUAAUGAGCUGAUUGUGUUUAUUACUUGUUUCAGUUAAAUCAGGAAACGGAUUUGAUUGAUUCUACAGAAGUGAAAGGACAUUUGAAGCCAUGUCAUGUACAAUCUGGAGAGACUUAUACAGUCAUGUCGGUCCACACAAGAGUGCAAAAAUCAGACACAUUUUCUGCAUCAUACAUAUAACGGCUUCACCUGCCUGCCUCCACUCAUUCACAGCUCACUAAGUUUGUAAACAGGUAACAUAACCACACUCUGAGCUCAGGUUGCUUCUGUCUUUAUGUUGAAUAUUUUCUGAAUGUAAUCCUGAAGAGAAUUGCCUUCUCGGCCGAUUUUGACGUGUUUUUAACUUUAGGACUGACGUGUUUUAUCUGGCCUUUAGCGUCCCGCUGCGAACCUGCCAGUGUUUGACCCGCUGCAUGGUGUUAGGAGCUACUCUGUUGUAGCAUUAAGCUAGCUAAGAGAUUUUAGGCAGCCGGGGAGGACUGACAUGUCAAACCAUUUCAUGAAAGCUGCACCAGCUCUAAAUGUUAGCCGUUGCAUUUUUAGCACCUUGAAUAUUGACUUUUACUUUCAGGAAGUUAGAGAUAUAUUUCUUAAAUUAGCUCAAACUCCUAUUACACAUUUGUUAAAGGAAUAGUUUGCCAUUUUUGGACAAUAUGCUUAUUUGCUUCCAUGAGUCCAAGUUAGGUGUGAGUAUUGAAGCCAUUUAUAUCUUAGAUUGAUUAUAAAACUGCAGCCAGACAGGUGCUAACAGGGUGAAACUUGUGAAAUUAUACCAUUUGAAAUUAAAUAAUUUAGCCUAUACCAGCACAUUUAAAGCUCUAUAAUUCAAACUAUGUGUCCUGUUAGUUGAAUUUACCAUUUAAAUGUGUUAGGCGAGCUUUAGAGGUGUUGGUUGAACAUUUUUAACUUAUUUUUUGAGCAGCAUCAGGCUAGCUGAUUCCCCUUUUCCAGUCUUAAUGCUAAGCUAACUAGCUGCAGUUUCGUAUUCACCUGAGGCAAGACUAGUAUCAAUCUUCUAAUCUAACUCAGGAACACAGUGAAUAAGUGUGAAUUGCAAAUAUUGUGAACUAUUCCUGUAACCGACUAGUUAAGAUUGUAUCCACUGCCUUUUUCUCUUUUUCUGGAGUCAGAAUAUUUCUAUUUCUCCAAGGCUGAUCAAAUAGACCUGAAACCCAUCUUUAUAUCUGACUUCAACAGCUGCAUCUCUUCUCUCUCAGCUCUUUCGUUGAUUCCAUCCACAUUUCUGUACUGUAGUCUCUCUUUCUGUGAUCACAUAUUACAAAUCGGGCAUGUGUGUGUUAAAUAAAGUUUGUAUACAUUUUAUAGUGAAUCAGUUGACAAUGGCUGUUUGUUCCUUGAUCAACCUAACGCCAGUCUGUGGUUUAAGAUGGAUAAGUUGCUGCUGUAGGGUUUACAUAGUUUAUCUCCUUCCUGUGAGGACGGACGUUAUGUGGUGUGAAUAUUUGGAUUCUGAUAGGAACAUGUUUUGAUUGUGGCGAGUGGGUCGGAGACAUGUCUGUCUGCCUUUUAAAAUAUCUCCGGUAAUUUAUUUUUGAAUAAAAUGUUUACCUUAAGAAUAAAUCAUAAAUUCAAUUUA